AUGAAGGGUUUGGACGUGAUUAUCGGUAUAGAUUGGUUGAUGGCAAAUAAUGCCACCUUGGAUUGUGCUAGGAAGAUAGUUUUAUUACCGGUACAUGCUACACCAGCUAAUAUUCCAAACGAGUCUGAGCUCUUAUCAGUGGUACAAGCAAAGAAAUUGAUGCAACAAGGGUGUAUAGCUUAUAUGGUUUUCUUCUCAGUGCAUGGGGUCUACGAUGGAAGUAUUGAUAAGAUUGGCGUAAUGAAUGAAUUUCCUAAGCUAUUUAUAAAUGAUAUGUCCGGUUUACCUCCAGAAAGGAAAGUGGAAUUCACAAUAGACCUAGUGUCAGGAACUGAACCAAUCUCAAAGGCACCAUAUCGAAUGUCACCAACAAAGUUAGCUAAGUUGAAGAAGUAG